AUGGAUAUGAAAAUAGCAUUGAAAAAAAUAAUUCUUGCAGUAUUACUUAUAAUUUUACAAUUAUCUAUUUCGGCAUUGUCUACACCUCGUCCUCGUGAAAUCAAAGUAAAUGAUAAUGAUAUUAUUGAUUGGACAGUUGCCACACAUUCUAGGAAUGUUGACGGAUGCAAAGAACGAGAAGUCGUAGUUGUUUACCCUACCUAUGAUGAAAAUGGCAAAAAACUUAAGCCUGAAGAUGCAUCAUUCCCUGGACCAACCCUUAUAUUGAACAAAGGACAACGUGUUCGAAUUUUAAUAAGGAAUGAACUUGAAGGUCCAACCACAGUCCAUUGGCAUGGACUUUAUAUGAAAAACAACCCUUAUGCAGAUGGAGUUCCGACCAUAACUCAAUGUUUAAUUUAUUCACAUAAAAUUUUUCUAUACGAUUUUUAUGCUAAUGAUAUACCUGGUACCCAUUGGUAUCAUGCUCAUUAUAAACCUCAACGUGUUGACGGAUUUUAUGGCUACAUAAUUAUUAAGGAUGACGAUAAUAGUUAUAUCGAUUUAGUUGAGGAUAAACAGAAUCGAUGCCCGUAUUGUGUACUCAUAUCGGACUGGUUUCAUCGUCGGGCAGAAGACCUAAUAAACCAAUAUAGUUACUGUAAUGUUACAAAUCAAUUAACUCCUGAGCCUGUUCCGAACUCCGUACUUAUCAAUGGAAAAGGUGGAGGAAAUUGUAAUAAAAUACUUAUGCAUAGUAGUAUUGAAACUGAUCAUAUAUAUCAUUUUGAAAGGAAAAAGAAAUAUCGACUUCGCAUACUAAAUGCAGGAGCGUUAACGAUAUACUAUUUUUCAAUUGAUCAUCAUAUGUUAGAAAUUAUCGAGGUUGAAGGAAUGCGCGUCAAGUCAACAGAACAAGUCAAACUUUUACCUAUUAGUGUCGGACAAAGAUAUUCUGUAAUAGCCACAACUAAUAAUACAACAACAAACAAUUUUUGGAUGCGUUUUCAAACUAGCACAGAUUGUCUUCGACCUGAUACACCUCAAGAUCAAAAGGAGCUGCUAAUCAAAGAAAUUAAAGCAAUUGUUAAUUACAAUGAAUCUGAUAUAAAAAAACCCAAUACUACUCCAUGGGGUGGAGAUCUACACUGUACUGAUCUUAAUUAUACUUUGUUGUUCCAAGCAAAUGAUUUAUUAAAAGUACCAUAUCCAGAACUAGAUCCAAAAACAAACCAACCAAAUUACCAAAAUCUCUCAUUUAAAAUUUAUAUGACCACAAUUAACUCUACGAAAAAUAUAAACAAAAAUUACGAAACGUACGGCUCAAUAUCUCUAAUAUCAGGUCCUCAGGAUAAACUUUUGAAAGAUAACAAUACAAUCUUCGGUUACCCUGAAAAUACAUUUCAUUUUACAAUGUUAAAUCUAAAAAUGGUUGAACAAUACGGUUCUAAAAUUUAUAAACCUGAACUGAACGCCAUAGUUUUAGAUAAAGAAUCGCAACAUGGACAUUCCUUUUGGGUUAUGGAAUAUCAAUAUGAUUGCUAUGCAGAAGUUGUAAAAUUUGAUCACCCGAUUAGACGUGACACCGUGACUGUCCCCUCUCAUAGUCGAGUGAAAAUUCGUUUUAAAGUGGGUAAUAUUGGAGUUUGGGCUUUUCAUUGUCAUAUUGAGUGGCAUAUGGAAGUUGGAAUGUUAGCUCAAUUUGUUGAACUUCCACAUAAGUUUCCCGAAUUGCCACCACCACCAAAUGAUACUACAGUUAAAGACAAAGCAGGCAAUAAUGUAACACUAACAACGUGGGAAGGAUUGUGCACCAACCCACACAAACCAAUAUUUGAAAUUCCGUGGGAAGAAAUAGAAAAACUAUGCGGCACUUGA